AUGCAACUAGAGCCAUCAAAUUUAUUUCUCAACAACAUAGAACUUCAUCAAAGCAACAACUUAAAAAUCCUAGGAAUGUACUUUGAUAAAUCUCUCACUUGGAACAACCAUAUAACGGAGCUAAAACGACAAUGCCACCAACGCUUAAAUCUACUCAAGUCUAUCGCGUCUACAAAAUGGGGAGCUGACACACAAAUCCUAAUUAACACCUACAGAUCAAUCAUUCGUUCUAAACUUGAUUAUGGCUGUACUAUCUACCAAUUUGCCUCAAACCACCAUCUAAAAAAAUUAAAUUCAAUUCAAACCACUUCCUUAAGGAUUGCUCUCGGAGCUUACAGAACCAGCCCCAGACUAAGCCUACUAGCAGAAUCCGGAGAAACACCACUAGACCUAAGAAGAACACAACUGUCUUUAAACUUCGCAUGUUCAGCUCCAUCAAUUAUCCCAGAGCUUCAUCAAAAUCACCCACAGAGACCCCCAAACUUCAACAACGAGAAACCUACAGAAAUCCGAGCCUUCCUCAUCAAUUCCACCAACAAUAAUGAACUCCAAAACUUAACGCUGUACAAUCCUCAAUACUCACAAAUUCCCUACUGGAAGACACCAACAGAAUGUUAUGAUUUAUCGAUCCACGAACAAACCUGGGGGAAGGACAACACACCAGAUGCCCUAUUCAAAAACCUCUACUUAGAAAUAUCCAAUCAACUUGAACAGUUCACCCAGAUCUUUACUGAUGGAUCUAUAAUUAACAACCAACGAGGAUGCGCCAUAGUAAUUAAUGACAGUGUAUACAAAUACAAGCUUCCUUCAUCUUACUCCAUAUUUUCCUGUGAAGCCUACGCGAUACUUCAAAGCCUCAAGUUAAUAGUCCAAAUAGACAUCACCAAAGCAGCCAUAUUCACAGACUCGAAGUCAGCGAUCGAAGCGCUGCUAAACUCUAACUCGACAGACAACAUCAUACAGGAGUGCCAGACCAUUAUCUAUAAUACUAGACUAACUAGAGACAUCAGAAUCAUCUGGAUACCCUCCCACCAAGGCAUCCUAGGAAACGAACUCGCGGAUAAAGAGGCGAAAAACGCAACGGUUUCAGGCAUUGAUCUCACCUCCACACUCCUCACUACAGCAACAGACUUUAAAAAGAAAGUCAAAAACCACAUCACGACCAAAUGGAAUGACCUCUGGAUCAAUGGACAAUCUCACCUCCAUCUUAUUCGAGAAAAUACAAUGGAAACAAGACCUCAACUGGAAAAAAGAACAGACCAAUGUCAAUUGAACAGACUGAGAAUAGGACACACUGUCUUUUCUCACAGUCAUCUACUAAGUAAAACAAAUCUCAAACCAUGCCCAGCCUGCAAUCAACCCGCCUCAGUAAACCACAUCCUGACGACAUGCUCACAACUCAACAUUCUAAGAAGUCAACAUCAGAUUCCAGCCAAUCUUCAGACUGCUCUCAACAGUGAAAACGUCUACCCACGAAUAAUAAAUCUUCUAAAACAACUACAACUACUAUGCUAA